AUGGCCGAUGCGGUCAAGCAGUUUCAACCAGAUGAUGAAGUUUUAAGAGGAGUUGAUGAGGUUGAUUGGACUGAGGAUCCAGUGGAUGAUGACUCUGAACAUUUCGAUUUGGACUCACUCGAAUGCGUAGAUGAAUGCGAUGAGUUGAAAGGCAACCCCAAGAUGGAAGUAAACUCCCGGAAAUACUCUAACGGUAACCACCGAAGAGCGGAUAGGAAGAGAGCUUACCCAUCAAAAUACCAGAGAGGUUCAAAACAUCGUGAUAUGAUAAAGAAACCCAUGAGUAAACCUCGGCAGGAAUCAAGAGAAGAAGCACACAUUCCCAUGAUUCCCCCAUUUGCGGAAUUAGAACUGGUCGAUUGCUGUGAUGCUGACGAAAACGACGUCAGAUCAAGGCCUUCAACAUCUCAAGAAUCUAGAAGUCUCAUCUCUGAAUCCAUUCAUUCAAUGGAUGAGCGAGAUGUUGUUUCACCUAUACCAGCAAACAUGGACGGUGAAGACUUGCCAGAUGAUUAUGAGGAUGAAGAUUUUCCCUCACUCGACGAAGCAAUUGACGUUGAAGCUAUGAAAAAAGCUUCCAUGAUUAACUCCGAUCCUCCAAUACAUUUGGAUUGCUCUUAUGAUCAAAGGAAUGGAACAGCAAACCACGUUAAUAUUUCUCCAAAGAAUAUCGAGGUUUCCCGAAAAAAUGGAACGAAUAAGGAGGAUAUCCAUGCCAUGGCUCCUUUGAAUGAUAAGCACCGUAAAUCGGCGUCAUCUUAUGAAUUGGAUUCUAAGGAAAAAGAAAGGAAAAAGGAAAAACUUCGAGACGCUAGAGACGUGUUCAGACGCUCUGAAAAAGCGCAACACAGAACUUCAUCUCCAUUCCACCAACGACGUAACUAUAAUCAAUCGAGAAAAAAAAAUGAAAAUGUAAAUCGACCGGAGAAAAAAGAAAAUCCAAGAAAUGGAUCUACACCGACAAAAAUAUCUCCUAGCUUGUCAAAUGCGUCGUUCGUGCGAAGCAAAAACCGACCGAACAGGGAAAGGGGAAGACCCCAACGGCGGGAUGGAGGAUCUUCAACAAAUUCCAAUUUGCCUCGAAGCAAUGCUAAUAAUAAUAUUGGACCGAAACCGACGAAUAGCCUGUACAGAAGUCACGAAAAUGUCUCUUCAUCGAAAUCUCCCUCCGAUGCUGCACGUGGAAUAUCAGAGCUACCAAAGUUGACAGUGCAAUGUUCGAAGAAAGGGGGCCGCGUUGUUGUUUCAACGAAGACUUUUCCAACUCAAUUGCAGUCAGGCUCACCAAAUGGGAAGAGCAGAAGAAUUGUUGGAUAA